AUGUGGGACGGAGAGAAGUGGCUGCAAGCCACACCGCGAACCGAAGCACUCACUCUUGAAGAGGACGGAGACGUGAUCUUGCCCGCGAUCGUCACCGUCGACAAAAAAGAAGGUCGGCCGUUCGUGCUGGCGCAGGACAGACGGACCAUAUUCGAGCUCGGGGCGGACUCGCAAGGCGCGAUGGAACUGGAAGUGGAUGAUCCGAACAAUGGCAAAGGGAAGCACCGCUGUCUGGAGUACAACAGUGAUGAUCACAGCUCCGUCUCAUGUCGGCUCGUCGUCGAGGCUGCCAAGUCCAUGAUGCCGAUCGCCGAUCUGGCCUUCACGACCAGCGAGGAUCUCUACGCUGUUACCACCGACGGCCGGCUUCAUAGAUACAGCAAGUGGGUGGGCUGGGAGGUCGAUGCGGUCAACAACGCGCACCUGCGCUCAAUCGAUGUGGAUACUGAUGGUGCCCUGUACGCUAUCACCAGCGACGGACGGAUACUCUGGAGGACCGAGUGGCUGCAGAAGUGGCACGCGUUUAGUCAUGAAUGGAAUGCGAAGCAAAUCACUACCUGGAACAGAUUUACCACGUGGGCGGUGGACGACAGGAGCCGCGCGUACGUGCUGAACCCGACCACUUGCGAAUGGGAUGCGCUGGGCAACAGCGCCGACCAAUGGCCCAUCUCUGGGCUCGCCGCCACAAGCAACGACGAACCCUGGGCACUCGUCACCGACCAACCCGGCUCGACAGCGGUGCUGUUGAUAACGAGGCACCGGCUGGAGUUCAUGGCGGCCGAGCCUAGUUGUCAACUGGCCAAAGUCAAGUCGCACUCAGCCAAUGGGCAUCAGAUGCGGUUUUAUCGCGCCGAGCCGCUCAAACGGGUUCCGUCAGACGAGUUUCUGGAACAGACCCACCUGGAGAGCCAGGUGUACCGCGAUAAGAAGAAGCGGCGGGUCCAGCGCCAGGAGGAGAAGGAGCGCGUGCAGGCCGAGAUCGAGCGAGGCGCGGACUCAUCGAGCGGCAUCGUCGGUCGGCUGCGGGAGAAGCUGGGCACGAUCCUCAGGCUGGACGAGCGAUCGCGUCGGGCGCGCAACCAGCGCCAGCUCAUCAGGGACGAGCUGACGUUGCCCAAGUCCGUCCAGGCGGCCGACGACAAGGACGCCCUGCAGGGCCAGGCUCUGGACGGCCUCGAACCGGUGCUGGUCCACACCAAGACCAACCUGUGGGCCAAUCUCGAGGUCGAGCUGCGCGCCGGCGACGAACAGGCCCGGUGGCACAGCCUGGGCGACGUCGCCGACAACGCAGCCUACCGGCGGCCUAUCUACCCGGCCCUGCUUGCUCGGGAAGUGCCGCCGUUGCAGCGCGGCGAGUACGUGCAGGCCCUGGUGCCGCCCAAGGGCUUCGCGCUGGUCUAUUCGAGCAUGGCCGCGGCCGACCGACCCGCAGAGACUCCCGGUGUGAGUGUCUGGCGGCCGAUUCCGCCCACGUCGGACUACGCGGCUGUGGGCCAUGUCGUGACGCGGGGUAAGGCGCCCUUGGCGACGGACCGCGGCCCGAAUGGAUGCGCGAAGGGUACGACGCUCGUGUGUCCAUCGCUGUUCGUGGCCAGUGAGGAGCGAGGCGGCGAAGAGGUCUUCCUGCCGCCACUGCCUCGGGAGCACGUGGCCGACCCCUCUGUGCUCCUGUGCGCCCCGCACUCUCCCUCCUCCCCCUCCGCUGCGCAGAUUGUGUAG